UAGUGCACCCCAGCUAAAGGGACAGUAACUCAAGUUCAGCAGGGAUCAAUCCUUGGCCAGGAAGUGGAACCACAAGAGGAAAUAUGACACCACAGGAAGUGAAUGCCUCUACAUCCUUUCUAUUGUACUUCAUUUGGGCAAUCGCAUAUCUUGAGACCAACAGCUGCCAGUGUGACAGUCCUGUCUCCAGGUAUGCAUUAAUUUUAAGGCAUGAUGAAAGCUGCGUGUUUUCUCCUGGCUUUAACUGCAUUUGCCUCUGCAGUGAGUCAAAGGAAAGGAAUAAUCGCACAACCAACAGCAGAUAGCUCUGGUGUACAUGAGGGCCCAGCUUGUCCAGAAAAAUGUAAUUGUACAAGAAUGGGUCAGAAUCUGCAUAAUGACCUGAGAAAGGCAGUCUGUCCUAUGAUACCAAGUUCUCUACAUAACAGCUUCAAAUCACUGCAGGUUAUAGCAAACAUUGGUUAUGUCACCAGAGAGCAGAUAUUACAGAUUGGAAGGGGACCAUACAUACUUGAUUUCAGUGAGUGCAGCAUUACUGACAUUGAACAAGAAGCAUUUAAUUCACUGACUGACCUUGUCAGUCUGAAACUUUCCAAUAACAUCAUGAGGAAAAUUAGCAGCAAAAUGCUAUCAUCUCCUCAUCUUAAAGUUCUUUAUCUGGAUGGGAAUGAUUUAGAAAAGAUAGAAUAUGAUGCAUUUGAUCAACUCCGAAAUCUUCAGAGACUGUAUCUGCAACACAACACACUCCAGGAGGUGUCUGUUGCCCUUCCAAGCUCACUCCGUGUACUAGAUAUCUCCCACAACAGAAUUUCAGCUUUUACUGCAGACUUGAACACGAUGAACUUAAAGACCUUGAACCUAUGUGGAAAUCCACUCAAUGGAUUUCCUUCCAUAACCUCAUCGAGAACAUUGGAAACACUCUGUCUUGAAGGCAGAGCUGCAGUGUUGCCACGUAAUGCGGCUGCUAAGUUUCCUCGGCUUGCAGAUGUGACAUUGGUGGCACCAGCACACUCUAGCCAAGCCGAACUCGACUCCACAACACAGUCUGAACUGAGCAACUUGCAGAAACUAAUUACACUCUCCAUUGUCAAUUAUCAUCUUCAAAAUCUGUCAUUCCUUACUGGUAUGAGAAACUUAGCUGAACUGAAGCUACAGAACAUCACACUAGAAUCAUAUGAUGGCAUUGAUACAGUACUUAAGAGUCUACAGAUACUGUCAAAUCUUAGCAUAGACCAAAGUACAAAACUUGUCAAGCCAAUCCUUAAUGAUACACAGUUGGUGUCCCAGUUAACAAGACUCCGUUUCUUGAGUCUGAGAUACACAGGGCUUGUAACCCUCACAGAACAGAAUGUCCCAGAAGAUACUUGGCUUGAUAUCAGUCACAAUCCUCUGCGCUGUGACUGCCAUCUUGCAUGGGUACUGCAUAAAGAGAGAGAGACUCUUGGUAGGUUCCUGUUCUCCAAGGAACAAACAACUUGCGCAACACCAAACAAUGUCAGAGGACAUAUGAUACUGGAAAGUGUGAAUAUGACAUGCUCUGAUCAGCAGACAAGUGGAAUAUUGGAACAAACUUUCAACACCUCCAACUGGAUGUACACUUCUGAUGAUGACACAUGGAAUAUUCCAACCUGCAUCAGAAGCACCUCCACAGAGGUACCAAUAAACGACCGGUUAACAAAUACUUCCACUGCCUCCAACAGCACAGACAAUUAUACAUCCAGUGAUAAGACUACAGUAUAUAUUGCUCUUGGCACUGCCCUGCUGAUCUUCAUAAUUGUAGGAACUGCCCUAGCUGUAAUUUUCUCUCUUAUGAAAAAGAAAAGGAAAUGCCAAAUUUCUCCUGUUGGAGGUGAAACUCCAAUGGAACAACAGCCACAACAGGAGCAAAUGAAGCAAGCUUCAUCAAAAGAUAUGUUAAUAAAAAAGUAAUUGAGAACUGCAGUGUUAACAGUCUAGCUGGUUACAGCCUUUGUGAUAAAUCUUCAAUAUGAGUAUAUAAUAUAUUCAUAAUUUAUUACUAACCAACUAAUACAGUACCUCUUACAGUUAUCUCCUAUAUUCUAACUAUUAUUUUUACUGUAUUAAUGUAAAGACUAACAGUAAAUUAUCCAUCUGUGAGUUAUUUACUGGCACUUGAAGUAGCUAGACUAUAUAGUGUCUAACAGAAGGAUAGAUGAAUGAUAAUUUUGAAAGGAUUUAAUUUGAAAGGAAGCAGUCACGUCCUAAUUGAGGUACCAUCCUAGCAUUUCAUUGGAGGGACUGAGGAAAACAAAAACUUCAAUCAAUAUAGCCAAUGUCCAGGCAAAGAUAUGAACCUAGCACCUCCUGAAUAUGAGUCAUGAGUGUUACUGCAAUGCCAACAUAAGGUAUUAGACGUUUAAGAAAACUUCUCUUAUAUGUUGAAUUAUGAAAUAUUUUCAGAAAGCUUAAAAUUAAAUGUUACUGUACAACAAAAGCAAAGAAAGGAUGAUAAAUUAGCUUAUAAUAAAAAACACUUUGUUGUUGUGUGACCAGCCAAGGGUCAGUCAGUGAAGAAGGCCCCAGUUUAAAGACUAACAAUGUGAUAAUGUGCUGCCUGGUCAGAGGUAUCCCUCACCUUGAUCUGUAUGAACAGUGGAAAUAAUUAGCAGGGAGAAAAACUUGCCCCAGUGCCACUUCAUCCACCAUAAAGCUCACAUGAAGCCAUCCAAGAUUGUACCCAGCAUCAGUAAGAAGCCAGUAUCUAACUCUCUUAAUAGCAGUUUAUUAUUAUUAUUAUUAUUAUUAUUAUUUAAUGACCCUGUCACUAUCGACUGUAAAGGAUCAACAGUAGGAUGAUGAUGAAUGUGGAGCCAUUGGUGGAAUAAGAAUUAUAAGGGAAAUCAAAAAGACUUGGAGAAAAUCCACCCCCCACUGCCACUCUGCCCAUUACAGAUCUCACAUGAUGUGACCUGGGAUGAAACCUAGGCCACCAUAGUGCAAACCAGCUACUAUAUUAACUUAUACUUUAUAUUAGAAGGAAUAUUUUUCACAUGAAAGUGAAUGCACUCUUCUGAUGGCAAAAGAAUGAGAUUGUUGGUGAAGGUAGAAUUAAUAUUUGUCUGUGUAUAAAAGAAAUUUCCCUUAAUAUGAUGGCUCAUACAUCAUACUAUCACAGUUUCUAACAAAAAAACUUUUAAUUGUAAGUUGUAAUGAUUUUGAAAUAAUUUCAAUAAAGUUUAACAUAAAAUGUUUCUAUGAAAAUGAAAAGUAUAACUAAUGAGAUUUCAGCUCACCAUGAUUAAUUUACAUAAAAUUGAAUCUGUGUUAAUUUAUUCAAAUAUAUUCUUUGUAACUGAAACUUGCUUUGUCAUCUCUUAACUGUUUCUUUAUAAAGGUACAGUCUUGCAAGGAGUAUGAUUAAGUGUGCAUGCACACACUACAAGUUAAUAUGUAUUAUUCCCAGUUUGUUUAUUAUAAUAGUUUACUACAGCUAUUGCUGAAGCAAGAAACAGCAAGCUAUAAAAAUCCCAAUUUGUGCAGCUGGCCCAAUGCUCAUCUUCUUAAAUAAUCUUUUUUUUUUCUUGGAUUUGUUUUGGGUCAUUUCUAUAUGUCUUUCAGCCACAGACAAUGCAAACAAUGAAAUGCAGUUGUGAUACA